AUGGGAAAGUAUGCACCAAGCGGAUAUGUAAAGCGUCUUACUCACACUAUUCACGAGAUAUUCAAGAGGGGGGACGUAUUGUUACAUGCGUAUUGGAAAGAACAAAUCAAACGCAAGAAAAGGGGGGUUGGAUUCUCAGAGAAGCCAUGCUGGCAGCGUCGAGUACAAACCGAGAAGUUGGUUCGGGUGUCAAAUGACGAGGGGCCCAACAGGCUGGCAAGCCCCUACAGGGUAAACUUGAAUGAAGCCCGCUCCAUUGUGCAAUCGGCUGAUUCAACGUCCAACCUUGAGACCCAGGGGUAA